UUUUGCAUGCAUGCCUGUCGUUUAUUGCUUAAUCAGCGCGUUCCUUUGUUUCUACGUUGUGGUUGUUGAAUAUUUUAUUAGGGGUUGCCUGUAGUGUUUAAUAGUUACUGAGAAAAGUUCUUUCACAAUGGGGAAUAAAAAAAAGGGUGGAAAAAAACAAAAGAAAGGUGAAACUACCCAACCAGAAGAGUUGAAAAUAACCCCCACCUAUACAAAACAAAAGAAAAGAGAUUUCGACGAACAAUCAAAUGCGGAAUCAGUCAACAUGGGUGAAACACAGGGCAAAAACCGAAAAAAAUCUAAACUUCAGCAGGAAGAAACAGUCACAAGUACUACCAUGGGUCAAGAGAAACGAACGUUAGCAAACGACAUUAACUCCUACGAAUUUAAAAGAGCAAAAACAUCUGAUCCGACAGAGGAGAUAGACACACAUAAAAAACCCGACCACGCUAAGAAAACUAAGAAAAGUGUCAAAACUAAGAGCAAGGGUACCAACACGAAAGAGACCCAGGUACCUCACACCGCUCGUGCAUUGCAAUUGACAAAUCUGAUAAAACUGUGCCUUAAAGAAGACGAAAAAACAAUCUCUAUAGCAAAGCUUCAGAAAAAAGUCCUCAAGAAAUACUGUCAGAUGAAAGGUGGCCAAGAGACUCCGAAAUUGGUCAGAGAAUUUAAUCACUGCUUAUACUCAACACAGGGAGUUGAGGUAGUGAAUGAUACGGUAAAACUUUUAACCGAUUAAUCUUUUUACUGUUUUUUUUUAUUAUAGUGUUUGUUUUUUGUCAGAUUUUUUUUAUUUAUUUCUCCUGUAUUAGAAUGUAUGUUUUGUUGAUUUAGAAUUAUGUUUAUUUUACGUAUUUGAGUUAUUGCCAUUUGUAUUUUUCACACUAACCAAUAAAGGUCCAGCAUUUAUUUGUCA